AUGACAGACACCAGCUGGAGACAAACGUCGAGCAUGCUCAAGACGCGCAGACCAGCACCGCGCGUCUUGCAGAUUGCUAUUUGCAAUCCUCCUUUUAACCUAUUGAAUGGGGACGUGCUGGAUCAGCUGGCCGCUACACUGCGCUCCCUCACUGCCCACGACACCGGCGCAGUGAUUUUGGGCUCGGAUCUGCCAGACAUUUACAUUAGCCAUUACGACGUGGGCGAGAUUGCCGAUCUCGGCGAUCUCAUCCCUCACCCCGCCCUCUCUCCUCCUGCCGCCCUGCUUCGAGGCGCGCUGCACCUGGAAUCCCUUCUCAGCCUCAUCGGUCUGCGAUGGCUGGUUCGCAAGUCGCCGUUGGGUGGCAUGUCCAACUUGAACUCUUAUCACGAGUGCACCGCGCUCUUGCGCAGCGUACCCCAGGUCACCAUCGCCAUGAUCAACGGCAGAGCUUUUGGCGGAGGCUGCGAGCUGGCAUUAGCCUGCGAUCUGCGCAUCAUGGUCGACACGCCGGCCGAGGGCAUUGCAGGUGCAGGUCAAGCCAUCAGAGGCAGCGGCAUCGGUCAGCCAGAGAUCACGUUGGGCUUGAUUCCGGGUGGCGGGGGCACACAGAUGCUCACCCGCAACCUCGGUCCCGCAAAGGCCAUCGAGAUUUGUCUGGAAAAACCGCUAUUGAGAGCUGCAGAGGCGCUGCAGCUGGGUCUGGUCACCAGGCUCGUGCCUGCUCGCGACCUCUUGCAAACGACGCUGGACAUGGCCAUCAAGCUGUCCAAGCGAUCACCAGCGGCUGUAGCGGCCAUCAAGGAUUGCGUGCACAUUGGAGCAUCUAGCAGUCUCUUUGCAGGCAUGCAACGCGAAAAGGCUCACUUUGCCGUUUGCGCCAUGCAGCCAGAGGCACAAGUAGCCAUGCACAAGUACCUCGACGGCAUCGACGGCAUCCUCGGCUCCCAAGGCGGUCUAGAGGCUUUUGAAGAUCUGGAUGAAGGCAUAUUCUCCGACCUUACACCAGGCAGCGCCGCAGCAGCGAGCAGCGCAGCCGCGACAGCCGCGACAGCCAAGCCCAAGUCGCUUUGA